AUGGCCUGUGAAGAAGGAAUCGAAAUCGAGAGUGCAAUAUAUGAUAUGUUACAAGCAUACAGACAGACACCCCAUCCGGCAACAAAGUCAACGCCGUACGAGGUUUUGAUGCACCGUCAAGUUCGAACACGAUUGGAACAUUUUCCCACCGAAGUUUACAUCACCCAAGAUGAGGUCAAGAAGAAUGACAAAACGUACAAGCAGAAACGUAAGCAGUACCACGAUAAACGUCACAGAGUGAAAACACAUACAAUCAAGUGCGGUGAUGCCGUUUUGAUAAAGAGAGAGAAGAAAAGGAAGAAGCAUACACCGUACGAGCCGUACAUAUACGUUGUGACAAGCAUAAAAGGAUCAACCAUCCGUGCGAGACGUGUAAAGGAUGGAAAAGUUAAGUGCAGAGAUGCAUCGAAGGUUAAACCACUUAGAACAGCUCAAUUGUCAAAAGCCAACGAUGAAACGGCGAGUGUAAAAGUACCAAGCAGCUACGAAGCCACAACAUCCAGGACGACAUUUCAGGACACAGACAGCAGCAACAUCCGGGACACAACAAGUGAGACUAUAGACACAACAAGUGAGACAACAACCGCAACAAGUGAGAACAAUUUGCGAAGAUCGGAAAGAUUAAAGAAGAGCACGUAUCAAGGGAAGUAUAAAGACUAUAUAAAGUAG